AUGACCAAAAUGCCCUGUUCAAACGAGGGCUCUUCGCCCGAAUGCUUCCCGUUGCCUACGCUUCUGAGCAGCCCGAGCGCUGACGGCGCAGACGUACUAAGGAUAUGUAGGAGUGCCUGGGCAUUUGUUCGUUUUGAGACACUGAAGACCAAGGCGCACUUCAAUGGCGACGUGAAUCAACUGAGCAGUGACGUACCAACUGAAUUGACGAACUUUUUGGGCAACAUCUGUCUGCCUUUUCAACCGCCAUUUGCAGUCAGUUCAGAUAUGGAGAGCUCAUUUGAUUCGUCCAAGGAAAAUGGCGCCUUUCUAUCAGAUUCAAGCUUCCAGUUGGGGCCUUUUCGACAGCAUCGCAAACCGAAGCGUAUCCGCACGGCUUUCUCGCCUUCCCAGUUACUGCGUCUGGAGAAUGCCUUCGAAACGAAUCACUACGUGGUUGGACAGGAGCGGAAGAAAUUGGCUGAGUCUCUCAGUCUCACAGAAACCCAGGUGAGAGGCACUAUUUUUCGCUCUGGCCACAUAGCGAAAAGUUCAUGA